AAAUAUUCACGUGUCUGUCGGUGUGCAUAAAGUGUACCGCAUGUACGUAUCCAUCCAUCCAUCCAUCCAUCCACAUCCGCACAAGCCCAUCCACGUACACGUACACGAACUAUGGUUCCAUCGGCCGAGACCUUUUCCGAAGUCAUCCCAUAUACCGAUGCGUCCGAUGAGCGUGCCUUCGCGCGAACCAUUCGACACAGUAGGCGAGGAGUCCGUUCAUGGGGCGCCGCAAAAACGGGUCGAACCGAGUGAGACGAUUAGUGUGUGCGACGAUGACGACGACGGUGAUUGGCAACGAUCCCUGUCGAAUCCGGCGUUGUCCCAAACGGGUGCACCCGCAACAACACAUAACGACACACCGUCUGUGGUUUGGAAUACCGAAUCCUUGUCGAUCCAAACGUUUCCCAGUGAAGCUCACGUAUGUUCAGAGAGGAAGUGGAAGACGCCUUUGUACAAUUUUCACUGGAACCGAGUCGUUUCUUGGGAUGAACUAGAAGACCGCCUCGCUGUUUUAGUGGGGAACGACGCCACAGUCUUGCAACUCUUGCAUUCCGUUUACUCGGUCGAUGUCCCCGACCAAGUGUUGCGAAGUCUCGCCGUGGUGGCCUUGCAAAUUCCAGACCACGAUGAUCCCUUCGAGUCGGACACUGUACCCACUAGUACUACUUCUACUACUACGCCAUGGCUCGAUUCCAGCAACGCACUCGCUACCGUGGCCCACUACCUGGUACAACAGCACUUUGACAAGAGAGCGACACGAACACGGAACGGAAACCAGGCUACGGAAUGUGUCGCUUCGUUGGCGUGUCUCCGAUUUCUCGUAACUGUACGAUCACCAACAGAGGCUGGUUGGCAACGAGAGGAAUUCCGGUUAGCGGAAACCUUGGCUUUUCUGACGCAACGGGAAUGUUGUGUUGCACCCGAGAAAGACGCGACCCUCUCUAAGCAUUGCCCUACAGAGGAAAUAUACCACAGUGAAACAACUCUCUUAUGGGAGCUUCGAGCUUUGUGUCUGCACGAAUUGGAGCGACUGCAGGAACAAGCGCUUAUUUGUCAGGCGUGGAUAGAUGCUACGGCAGAAACGACCGCUAAUUGUAUCGAAACCGGAGCGCACGUGAUCAAGUUGGGCUUGACGCACUCCACGACUCUUGUAACGACCGGUAUUGACGCCAUGGGCGACGUCGUCCAAAGCUGUAUAGAUCCAGUGCUGCGAGAAGCCGGGACAAAUACGGAAUACGAUCCGAGGUCCACGGCAGCGGCACUCACUUAUACGGGUGCCGCCCGUCGAGUCACUCGGCAAGCGCGGGAAUGUACGCAACGCACCACAUCCGAAGUACAAGACGCUUCGUGUCGCGCUAUUCAAAUGGCGGCAACGCAGUUUUACAGGCAUCAAGUAGGACACGCAGUGGUUCCAGACGAUUCUAGAAGGCACGCGUUAGCCGCGGCGGGAAAGGUCGGCCUCGCUGGCUUGGGCGCCGUAGUCAUUGUCGGCGAAGCCGUCCUGGAAUCCUCAAACGCAGUUGCUCAAGCCACUGUGGACGCUACAGCGGGUGUGGUCGAGCAUCGGUACGGAGCAGCAGCAGGACAAGUGGUUCGAAAUACCAGCGAGACUGCAGUGAAUGUUUUUCGAACCGUUGGGCACGUGGCGAUGGUGAAAUCCAAAAUAUUGGGGAAAGCAGUUGUUAAAAAAUCAGCCAAAACGCACAUGGAGAACCAAAAACCGACCACAAAAGUACACGCGCAACGAAAACAAAAUAUAUCCAAAGUUGAUCGUGUAACAGUACCGAAAGAGGUCGACAAUUCGGAGCAAGGACUGUGA